AUGGAAGAUGAAUUGACAGACGAUGGCAAUGAUGAUGAUCGAUCGUUUAUGAAUUACACGGAGGCUUAUCCUGAGUCUAUGGAUGAGGAAUCAGACAAUGUUUCAUAUGAUCUUGAGCAUCAGCAAAACGAAGCAAUGGAAAAAUUGCCCACUAUAUUCCAGUUAAUGAAUAUAGCUCCGAUACAUGACAAGUCAGCAGUAAACCCAAUUCGAGCGAAAGUCGAUGAAGUAUAUAGAAAUCUUCAUCGACUUUGUGAUGUGUUAGACGGAAAAUCUCAAGUCUCGUACGAUGCAAAUCCACAUGGACUACUCAUAUGCGAAUCAAACGAGCUGCUGGAUGGUUUGAAGAGGUUGUUUGACGAGAGUGAUGAACAUGAACAAGUUCGAUUGAUGACAAUCGCUCCCAAGCGAUGGGGUCGACAAAAAAUAAAAAAAUGGUUUCACUCGAAGACAAACCAAGCUCGUCGAUCACUUAUCCUUCGACGAAAUCAGGGGAUGUUGGCUUAUCUACAAUGUCUGCGAGGAAAUGCAUCCUUAUCGGAUGCGACGAUUGACGCUGUGAUGAAAUUCUACUGCGAAGAUGGCAUCAGCCGAGUCUCAUCGAAUGCGAAAGACACGAUUCAAGUUAACAAGAAACCAGUGGCAAUUCGAUUCAUGGAAUGA